CCUUGAUAGCAAGGCCCCCUUUCUUGUCAAAAUGGCAGCGCCCAGCAUGCUGGGGAGGUAACUCUAAGGUGGGGAGGGGGUGCGGCGGGUAAGAGACCUCCCAGGAGAGUAAGCAGCGUACCGCACUUCAGAUUUUGAAACACCCAGGGACCGCCAUACUACUUUCUACAGUGGCCUCACCAGUUUGCAUUUCCGUCAGUGGUGUGCCAGGCUUCCUAUUUUUUCCAGAUCGCAGAUACUGUCUCCUUUGGGAUUAAAACAGACUAAAAGACUCUGUGAAAUAAGUUUCUACAAUGAUUUGUUCGACACUCAGGAGAGUUGGCCACGUGCAUAUCUACCUGGUGAGGAAGGCCAGCGGUGUCUCCAAAGGCCAUCAUCAACAGACUGUGGGCUCAAGACCUGAUGCUUCAGAGUUUGCUGCCCGAGGAGCUUCGGGCAACGUGCUGGAGCUGCUGGGCAAAUCCUACCCUCAGGACAACUACAGCAACCUCUCCCGGAAAGUUCUCUCCAGGGUUGGCAGGAAUCUGCACAAUCAGCAGUAUCACCCUCUUUGGCUGAUCAAGGAGAGGGUGAAGGAACACUUCUACCAGCAGUAUGUGGGCCGCUUUGGGACUCCGCUGUUCUCAGUUUAUGACGACCUUUCUCCAGUGGUCACCACCUGGCAGAACUUUGACAGCCUGCUCAUCCCAGCCGACCACCCCAGCCGGAAGAAGGGAGACAACUAUUACGUGAAUGGGACUCACAUGCUGCGAGCUCACACGUCCGCACACCAGUGGGACCUGCUGCAUGCUGGGCUGGAUGCCUUCCUGGUGGUGGGUGAUGUCUACCGGCGCGACCAGAUAGACUCCCAGCACUACCCAGUGUUCCACCAGCUGGAGGGCGUCCGACUCUUCUCGAAGCAUGAGUUAUUUACUAGCAUAAAGGAUGGAGAAAGCCUGCAGCUCUUUGAACAGAGUUCUCGUUCUGCCUAUAAACAGGAGACACAUACCAUGGAGGCCACAAAACUCGUUGAAUUUGACCUUAAGCAAACGCUUACCAGGCUUGUGACACAUCUUUUUGGAGAUGGACUGGACAUUAGGUGGGUAGACUGCUACUUCCCUUUUACUCAUCCUUCCUUCGAGAUGGAGAUCAACUUCCACGGAGAAUGGCUAGAAGUUCUUGGCUGUGGGGUGAUGGAACAGCAACUAGUAAAUUCAGCUGGUGCUCAAGAUCAGAUCGGUUGGGCUUUUGGCCUGGGAUUGGAAAGACUGGCCAUGAUCCUCUAUGACAUCCCUGAUAUCCGCCUCUUCUGGAGUGAGGAUGAGCGUUUCCUGAAGCAGUUCCGCGUGUCAGAUAUCAACCAGAAGGUGAAAUUUCAGCCUCUUAGCAAAUAUCCUGCUGUGAUAAAUGACAUCUCAUUCUGGUUACCCUCUGAGAAUUAUACAGAAAACGAUUUCUAUGACUUGGUACGAACAAUUGGAGGAGACCUGGUGGAAAAAGUUGAACUGAUAGACAAGUUUGAACAUCCAAAAUAAACACAGGAAAUCUGAGAACAAACCAGCACCAGCAACCAUCAUGUGAGCACAUCCCAGGGCAGCACAGGCUCACUUCCUCCCUCUCCGACCCUGCGGGUCAGGCCAUGUCUCCACUGAACCAUGAGGGACCUGAAGCUGAGCCAGCACCUUGCAAAACCAGGAUGGAAAGCUCAGCGUCCUCCCAGGCCACCAUCCAAGGGGACACAGAGAGGCAGCAGGGCCCUGAGCUGGACAGAUGCCUCAGGUGGAGGCCAGCCCGACCUCUAGGAAAGGAAGAUGAGGCACGGGGGAUAGAUGUCAGGAUCUGAAAGCAAAGCCAGUGAAGCCGCCCUUUGAGGUUGGGGAAUGAAGAAAGCUUCACACCAGGUAAAUGGAGGCUGCAGCAGGAAGAGGGAGAAAAGCUCUGCUUCUCUGACAGGACAACAGGAGUUUGGCGAGGGGUGGAUUAGGCCAAGUGUUAUCCUCCAUGAUGAAACGCAGCAGCCGGUGGUAAUGAAAUAUUUAUGAAUGGGGAGGCGAUGCUGCAUUCUGCAGUGCAGCACAGGGGAGAGCGAAGUUUCAAGAAUACUGUAAUAGCAAAACCCUCCAUUAAUUAUCGGAAGCAAGCUGUAACAUCAGUUCCUAUGGCAACAGGGUCCCCAAUGGAUUUUGUCCUUUUUUUUUUUUUUUAAGCUGCUCCCAUUUACUGUGGUACAUUGCAUUUGUUUCCCACCAGAGGCUUGUGCUUGUCCUUUGCAAAUGAAUUCGUCCUGUCCUCACAGUGGCUGCAGUAGAGACUGGCAGGCCAGGGCGCAGGGAAAGUGAAAGAUUAUGCAACUUUGUGCUAAGGAUGGUGAUAGGUGUUGUGAGUAUCUUCACUUUGAAGGGGAUGGAAGGGCAAAAGGCACUGAAGGUAACUAGUAAAGAGUGUGGGGUUAUUAGGGAGGAUGUAUCCAGGUCACCCUGUCCUCCCCGCCACCACCCCCCCUCCUCAGCCACAGUGUUUGUGAUCCAGGACUGCACCAGGGAUGUGUCCUUGCAGCCCAGCUGAACUCUCCAUCAACAUGCCCACUGCAGCCGCAGUGGAAUCUAAUACCCGCUCAUAAAGCUCGGAUGUGAGUGCUCCAGGGUAGGAUGUAUGAGAGACAGGGCUGUGGUUCCCAGGGAAGCCAGAGCAGCUGCCCCCUCUGCCUGUGGCCAGUUCUCCCCAUGUUCCACCUUUACCCACCACUUCCCUCCCCUGCCCAAAUGCAAGUUUAAUUUGGCAGCAGUGUGAAAGUGGUUCUUUCAGGGGGAGCCAUAUUGGGAUGGACUGGCCCUGGACUGCUAUCCCCUGGAACACCCUGUCCCAAGCCACAGGAGCUACCCCGGGGCAUGGUCAGUGGCUUCACACAUCCUGCUAAUGAUAGGGCCCCCAGGUCAUUCAGGAGCCUCCUGAGAAUGAUGUGGGUCCUGCUAAAUAAAUGGCCUGGGGCAGCGGAGUGGGUGGGGGUCAAGUCUCUGCCUUGACUCGGAGAGAGUGUCGGUCUCAUAUCAUGAAGCUGUUCCAGGUCAAAAAUAAAUUUCUACUUCUCCAGAA